GCCAAUUAGAUUUUGAUACGCAACCCAUGGUUGUCUUUCGGCGUAGCAAACGUAUUUCCUGCAUACGCUCUUUCACACUCUGAAAAGUGUUGUUUUUUGCGUACGUUUAAUGUUGAAACUCGUUAGUGUUGGUGUAUUAAACGCAUAUUAAUAUUCAUAAGGUGUUCUUCAUUUCUCUGGUGGAUUGUGGCGGGCAGCUGAGAGGACGAACAUGUCGGGAAAGAGUUUUCGUGUUAGCGACGGGGACUGGAUCUGUCCCGAUAAAAAGUGUGGAAAUGUCAACUUUGCUAGAAGAACGAGCUGUAACAGAUGUGGCAGGGAAAAGACAACUGAAGCAAAGAUGAUGAAAGCAGGGGGAACAGAGAUUGGAAAGACCCUCGCUGAGAAGAGCAGAGGUCUCUUCAGUGCAAACGACUGGCAGUGCAAAACGUGUGGCAAUGUAAACUGGGCCAGAAGAUCAGAGUGCAACAUGUGUAACACUCCUAAAUAUGCCAAACUGGAGGAAAGGACAGGAUACGGUGGAGGAUUCAACGAGAGAGAGAAUUUAGUCUACAAUGAGCGAGAGGAAUCUGAUGGCGAGUACGAUGAGUUUGGGCGUAUAAAAAAGAAGUAUCGUGGGAAAAGUAAGAAGGACAUUGAAAAGAAAGAGGAACCAAAAAAAGAAGAGAAAAAUGAUGGCGAAGACGAUGAGGAUGACGACGAAGAUGGAGAUCUUUCAAAAUACAAACUUGAUGAUGACGAUGAUGAUGAUGAUGAUGAAGAAGAAGAUGAAGAUGAUGCAGAUUUGUCCAAGUACGAUUUGGAUGCUAGUGAUGAGAAGAAAGGGAGUCCCUCGGUCUCCUCACGCUCAUCUUCUCGCUCUUCCAGUUCAAGUUCCCGGUCUAGGUCCAGAUCCCGGUCCAGGAGCUCAUCCAGUUCCCGAUCGCGAUCUCGCUCUCGCUCCAGGUCCAAAUCCAGAUCCAGCUCCAGAUCAGGAAAGGGCUCUGCUUCCUCAAAGAAGAGGUCUCGCUCGCCUUCAUCAUCGCCUGAGGGAGGCCAGAAGAGGAGUCGUUCCAGGUCCUCCUCUGCGGGCCGCAAAAAAAGACGCGCACGAUCGCACUCGUCUGAAAGGUUUGGUGUAACACAUGGUGUCCUGGAUACCAGGCGUCCUUCUGCAUUAUACACAGGGCUCAGUGCUAAUACAGUGCAUAAUUGAAACAAUGUGACACAAAUGUGCUUUUCUCUGUACAAAACUUUAUUCUUUGUUUUGAUAUCAAGAACCAAAUCUCUUAAUCAGUCAUUGUCUUUCUCCUUGUCUCUUUCUUUCUAUCUCUCUUUAGGCGCAGAGGCUCAUCCGGAUCAUCCCACUCUGGCUCAAGCUCAAAACAGAAAUGAUUAACAAAAGAAACAAAUCUUUCUAAAACUGCAUGUUGUUUUUUUCCAACUCCAGUUUUUUUGUGCUAUUGCAACAACCCAACUGUUUGAAUUCACAUUGAUUUCCAUGAAAAAAAACUUGCGCACAUGUUCACUUAACUACUUCUCAAAAGUUUUAUUUUCUUCUUCUUCUUUUUUUAACAUCUAGCCAAAUCUUUCAACAGUAUAACUCAAGGUGUAAAGUCUAUAGUGUAAGUGGGUUUACAGAGAAACAACUUUAAGUCUGUGACUGUAUAAAUGGCACAUAUCUCCUAGACAUCAAUUUAUGUGAAUUAUAUUGCAGAAAUAGUUUUAUCCAUCCAUUGUCAGACAUUACUGCAGUCCAAAAAAAGUUUAAUAACAAAGCAUUUGUUGAUUUAAAAGAAAAAAAAAAUACUCAUCAGAUGCUGGUUUUAUAGUUCUUUUGUGAUGUGAAACACAAGAAAUGUUGAUGGCUUAAACAUUAUUUAACCACAUCAGUAAUGCCAGCAUCUGAAAGUUAAAAAGAGAUUUUCCUCUGAGGCGUAACAUUGCCUUAUCUAAUUGUGUGCGUUAAAGGUAAGUAUGGUUUUUUUUAUACUUGUAGAGUUUUGUUUUCUUCUGGUAAGACCGAUGAAAUGUGGAAGAAAAAAAUUGUCCUUUUUGUCUUUUUUUUUUAUUUUUUUAUCCAUCACUUGUGGAAUUAAGAAACGUUUUAAGUGGACAAACUCAAAUUACUGAUCACGUAAAUUCCUGAUUGUUUUUUUUUUUGUUUUUUUUCUGUGGUAAAAUCAAAUUUGGAACAUGUAAUCUGAAAUAUUCAGCCCCUUCUGACGUAUGAAAUAUGAAAAUGUUUACUGUUCAUUAACAUGACUUGACAGUGUAAUCAACAUGAAUAAACACUUGUUAAUCUGAA